GUGAGAUCAUUUUUAGUGCCAAAAAAAAACAAAGGAUUUUACAGUACAAAGGAAUUUUUACCAAAAACCAACACUUGGCUGCUAAAUAUUAAUUACCUUCCGCAAUUUCUUUUCUCUUUGAAAUUCUUUUAUUGUUUAUAUAGAAUUUACAGAUCAUGACAUCGAACAAGGAACACGCGUGAGUCCUCUAUUUGCCAUGAAAACCAUUUUGGGGAUUAAUUUUACUGUGAGAACAAAAAAAAUCAAUCAGGGCAAUAUUUUUCCACUAUUGGAGCAAUAAAAUCAUUUAUAAUUUUAUGGGCUAUGAAUAAAUAUAUUAGUUAUUAAAUUGUUAUUUCUGUUUUUUUUUUAUUCUUUGUUCUUUUUAUGAGUUUUUACGAAUAUAUUGUGGAUUUGAAUGAAGUCUUUGUGAGUUUAAAAACUAAUGAUUUUUAAAAAAAAAAAAUCUAAAGUGAUAAAAAGGAAAUUUCACAAAAAAGAAAACAACAAAAAAAUGUUCCGCACAGGCCCUGUACACGGUCUACUUUGUUUUGAAGUUGAAGAGCAAAAAUGGCUCACUUUUUGUAUGGGAAUUUUUCGCCUUUGGUAAUUAAAUUUUAAUUUUUUGACAUUUAGAAUACUGAUCGCACGCUGAGAAUCUGUCAUUUUGUAGGUUAUUAGUUGUAGAAUUUAAUGGUACAAACGGAUUUGAGAUUCAUGCUGUCAGUAAAAAAGCGCAGUCUAACUUCAUUUUUUACCAAAGAAUUCCAUACAAAAAUUGAGUCGCGUACACGGCCUGGUUCCGCAAAACACGAGAAUACUAAAAAAGUCCGUUAAACAUAAAUUAAUCCGAAACGUUCAAAACAAUUUGUAAGCACAACAAAUUAAUUCAAAACUAGUUUCAAGAAACCGAGGUUCAGAGUAACCAGAGAAAUAGCAGAACGGAAUCCGAAACAUCAGAAACGAAUUAGUUUCUUAAAAUCCGAAAAACUAAAAGAAAUCGUCAAACGAAACGUUCAACGAAUGAAAGCUUCUCCAAGGAAGCCACCUGUAAUUUUUUGAUCUUGACCUUCUUUGUUUUGUAUUUGUAUAUUCAAUCCACCUACGUAGCAAAGUUAUCAAAAUAUCUAAAUACAACUUAUUUUUAUCACUCCAAUAAAUUUUUCUUUAAAUUGUCUGCAAAUUAUUAUAUAAACACCGACUUUUAAUUAAAUAAAUUAAAAUAAAUACUUCAUUUGCGUAAGAUUAAAUUUCUUUCAUUGCCUCACCCAUACACUUUUGCUAGAUGCGGGAUGCGCCAAGGAAAAAAAAAUAUUUUAUUGUUGAUUUUUAACUCUUCCAGCAAUCGUUUUUUUUUCAUAGAGUAUUAACGUAUAGUAGGUAUAUGAUCUUUUAUGUAAUUAUGUACCUACAUAAGAAACAUUUUAUUUCCAAGAGUAAAAAAUCAUUUCUUAGUUGAGUUUUUCAUUUAAUAUUAUAUUUUUAUAUUUUGGCGCUACAUCCCAUAUAGGAACAGGGCCGGCCGCCCUAUAUGAUGUUGUUGUUCUCCUUGCGGAGAAGUAGUGGGAGGCCUUGCUAGAUACUACCACGUGUGGGCCAUUUUACGGAUAGGAGUGUAUCAAUCUCCUGAUCCAACCGGUCAACGUGAUCUAAUUGCACGUUGGCGGAUGGGGCGCGUUGCCGGGUUCUGUAUUCGAACCGGCGACCUUUGGAUGCGCACUCAAGCGCUCUAUCCACUGCACCCCAGGCCCACUUUUCAUUUAAUGAAAAACAAAAAAAAAGAAUUUUUGAAAAAACAUCUCUACUUAUAGAUAUUUGAGGCCAACGAUUGAAUUUUUUUUAUUAAAUUCUUAAAAAUUAAUUAAAGAAUAAUAUAUAAUAUUGCUGGAAGGGUUAACAUAGAAGAGCUUCUUUGUAAAUGUUGUAUCAGAAUCAGUGAAAAACUCUUCUGAUUCGCAAUUAUAAAAAGUAAACGGAAUUAUCAUAAAUUUUUUAUCCAAAACCGUCUACCUAUAAAAGCGAUCUCGCAUAAAAUUUUCACUUUAGUCGAAUGAAAGAGUGCAUGAUAUUACGUGGAAUGAAAGUAGUUGUAAUUGGUGCUGGUUGUGCAGGUCUGUGUGCAGCUAAGAAUAGUAUAGAAGCUGGCCUAGAUGUUGUGGUUUACGAACAAACUGAUCAAGUUGGUGGAACGUGGGUGUGUCGUGAAGAAGUUGGAAAGGAUAAGUUUGGACUUGAUGUUCAUUCAUCCAUGUACCGAGGAGCUGUGACUAACCUUCCGCGGGAAAUUAUGGGCUAUCCUGGCUUCCCUAUGACUGAGGGGAAUAUGUCGUUUAUUGUCUCAGAAGAUGUCCUAAAAUUCUACAAUCGCUAUGCUGAUUUUUUCAACCUCAAUUUCGUACACAGGGCGUUUAUAAAAUUCCAUCAUUCCGUUUUACGAGUUUCAGCAAAAGGAAAAUCUCAAUGGCAGGUCGUUGUAAAAGAUCUCAACAACAAUAGAACAGCAACCAUAAUUUUUGAUGCUGUAUUUAUCUGCAAUGGGCACAACUUCUCUCCCCUAUUUCCUCAAUAUCCUGGCCAGAAAGUCUUUCGUGGCAUUCAACUACACAGCCAUGAUUACCGUCAUGGAGACAUUUUCCGUGGACAACGCGUCCUUGUGGUAGGUGCUGGCGCUAGUGCAGUUGAUGUGGUUACUGACGCUUCCAAAAUGGCGGACUUUAUAGUUCAGAGUCAUCAUUGGAAGAAAAAUCAAAAUAUUUUCGCCACAGUCAGUCUUGUGCAGAAGUAUCCUGAGGUUUCCCACCUAACAGAGAACGGUGUAGUCUUCAAGGAUGGAACUGAGGAUACUUUCACCAUGAUUGUCUACUGCACUGGUUACCGCUACUCAUUUCCCUUCCUUACGCCAGAUUGUGGCGUAACCUAUGAUCAAAACUACGUUACACCACUCUAUCAGCACUGCAUCAACAUUAAUCGCCCAACAAUGGCCUUCAUAGGUCUCUGCCACUUUGUAAUGGUAGCCCAAGUGGCAGAUAUGCAAGCUAGGUUUGCUCUGAAAUUCAUCACAGGUGCAAAAGAUCUCCCUUCCAGAGAAAAAAUGCUUGCAAGUGAGGAAUAUGAGAUUAUUAGGCGUCGGCAGGUUGGGCUUGCUUUGCGCAAAACUCACCUAAUGGGGUCAUUUCAGGAAGACUAUUUGCACAACCUGGCUACCAUUGCUGACAUAAAGCCAGCAGAUCCGGUUAUUUUUGGUAUUUAUAGUAAAGUAGUUGAAAUCAUUAAGCUUAAUGUGGAUCAUAGAAAGUUUAAUUAUAGAAUAAUUGAUGAAUAUUCCUUUGAAAAAUCGUUGUUGUCUUAAGAAAAUUCUUUAAAAACAUUAAACAAAAAAAAAUGGCGGAUUUUAAUGAAAAAUUUUGAGGUAACCUAAAAAAAACUUAAUUCUUAAUUUUUUCAAAAGGUGUUGUAUCUGAGGUUAUUAAAAGGAUUAAUAUUAAGACUGAA